UUUAACUGGGAUUAGUCGAGUUUGAAAAGCGGGACCGGUUCCGCUCGCCACUCUCGCCCGCGCUCGACGCAGCGAGCCUGCAUUGUAUAGCUGCGCAGCGCUCCGACGCCGCGCCGCGCAUCCGCGCCGCGAAACGCGCCCUACGCCCCGCAUUCACAACUGUGCCGCGCUCAGCCCACAGACGCCGCAGCAGCGCGCAAAACCGAAAAUGUCCGCCAUGGACCUCGAUCAACCGGGCGCCGGCUGGGCCUCGGGCCCCCAGUUCGACCCCGACUUAUUACGAUUGUACUACGCGCGCCUCUUCCCGUACGACCAGUGGUGUAAGUGGAUGGCGUACAACAGCGACGAGCCGGGCACGGGCUCCCAACUAGCGCGAAGGGAGCUCUCGCUCACGUUGGCCGACGACGUCUACAUCCGCUACCAGUGCUUCACGAACGCGAAGGAAAUGAAGACGUUGAUGACGAAGCGCCAGCCGCACAAGAUCGACAUCGGCGCCGUGUUUAACUGCGUGCCCCGAGAUCAUUUGAGCGUGAAGAACUUCCGGCCCGAAUCGAGGGAGUUGGUCUUCGACAUUGACCUGUCGGAUUACGACGACGUGCGGACGUGCUGCCAGGUCGGCGACGCGGCGUGGAAAGGCGCUUCAAUCUGGUGCUUACGCCGUCGACGCGCUUCGAUUUUGAGCCGUUCCGGACCGCGGCGCGUCGGAGAGAGAGAAAGCGCGCGGUCGCGACGGCGUCCGUGCCACACAGGGCGCUACCGUAUGUAAAAAAUGCUGGCAGUACAUGACCUGCGCCGUCAAGGUCUGCGAGAGUGCGUUGCGGGAGGAUUUUGGAUUUGAGCACAUUGUGUGGAUCUACUCGGGUCGCAGAGGUGUCCAUUGCUGGGUCUGCGACGAGACGGCUCGCGAGUUGACGAACGACGCUCGUCUAGCGAUCAUCAAGUACUUUUCUGUGGUCUCAGGAAAUGAAAAUCAAGCGAAGAAGACGCAGUUAUCUUCCCCUUUGCACCCUUCCCUGGAACGCGCCUACAGAUUGCUUGAGCCGUUGUUCGUGGAGCACGUCAUCGGUGAGAACGGUCAAGGUUUACUUGCUUCAUCAGAGAGAUGGGAGACGCUACUCAAGACUCUACCCGAAGAGAUCGGCGGCCAAAUCUCGAAGCAUUGGGAAAAAAAUGGAAAUGACACCUCUCCGCUCGAGAAGUGGGAGGCCUUGAAAGGAUUAUGCGUCUCGGAGAAACCUAAUCAAGCGAAGAAGCAGAAGCGCACGUCUGUUCCCGAACUCUGGAAGUACGAGACCGUUUUUAGUCAGUGCUAUCCCCGCUUAGACGAGAACGUGUCCAAACAUAGAAACCACUUGCUGAAGAGCCCCUUCGCGGCGCACCCGAAGACCGGGCGGGUUUGUGUGCCCUUUGAUGCUAAGAAGGUGUCUACGUUCGAUCCUACGACUGUGGUCACACUAAGGCAGCUCGCUUAUGAACUAGAUCAGCACUCCGGCGAUGACGUACUGGACCUGGACAAGACGUCCCUGGCGCACUCGGUACGCUUCUUCGAGAAGGACUUCUUACAUCCGAUGAUGAGGGCGUGGGGGCGCGCGCGGCGCGACGACGCCGAGUACGCGGCGGCGCUCAAGGGCGACUUCUAGGGGCUUGCUUAUCCUUGGGUAAGGUGUCGUCUUAGUUA